UGUGCUUUAACAGCUUUGUUGUACUCCAACAAGUGCUUCUGGUUCAAAUGAUGAAAUAGGGUACCUUGACAGGGUGGCUGCAGAUGAGAGGAAGUUGAAGGAAGUCACCUACAAUCGGUCAAUCUGGGAACCGUUAGCUAGUUGGACUAAACCUCAUGGGGCAAAUUCAGUGUGAAUUAAGCUUAAAAUGCUAACUUGCUGAUAUAUGAUAAGAGGUGGUUUUGACAUUGGUCUCCUAGUGGACUGUUUAAUUGAAAGCAAUCCAGUCCUGCUUACUCAAGACUGGUCAGUGGUGUUCAAACUACGAGCAGCUUAUACCGAAAAUCUUUUCCCCUGCUGACAGAGUCUGCAUAUUCAUAUGCAGAUAUCUGUUUAUAAAGACUAACGAUGGACUUUGACGACUCCUAUGUUCUGCUCUCUGAAGAGCAACUCAUCUACAUCAUCACCAUUCCCCUGUCGACCUCCAUCAUCCUGGCCAACCUCGUCAUCAUCUUGGGCAUCUCCUGGAACCGCCAACUCCACAACACGCCCAACUACUUCUUCCUCAGCCUGUUAGUAGCCGACUUGUGUACGGGCAUGGCACUGCCGUUCAUACCGCUGAUGGGUCUAAACAGGCAUUUAAGUUUUAGCUCCUGUCUGGUGGCUCACGUGUUCCCAAAUUUCCUCUUCUUGGCGUUCCUCUUCAACCUGGUAAUGGUUCACUAUGAACGCUACAUAUGCAUUAUUGACCCCUUGCAUUACAAUAACCUGUGGAUGCAUCGCAGUUUUCCCUUAACGCUGCUUGUGGUGUGGACUCCGGCACUUUUGUAUGCAGCUCUACCUGCCUUUGGCUGGAAUAACUGGACAGGCUGUUGCUCGUACAAGAGGGUGUUCCCCAAUGCAUUUAUCUUCCUGGAGGUGUAUGGACUUGUUUUACCUGCUAUUCUGGCCAUCGCCGCCAUGACCGGCCAUGUUUUGUGGAUCACUCGAGGCCAGCUGAAGGACAUAUGCCGCCUCCAUCGUUCGGUGGAGCGAGGAAGUCAGGCCUCUGACCAGGAACAUAAGCUGAACCUGCGGUACACGCGCUGCGUGGUAGCAGUGUCGCUGACUUUUCUCGCCUGCUGGGUUCCCUACCUCAUUUACAUGCAUGUUUCCAUAGCACUGGUGGUCAGCGACUCCAAGCGGAGUUCUACCACUCACAUUGUGCUGUCCUGCACUGGUAUUGGAAGCAUGGCUGUAGUGCCGAUUGUGCUGGGCUUGGCCAACAGACAAUACACAGAACCUGCGUUAAAACUUCUCCAGAAACUCAGAGGCAGGUGCAGGCCAAGGACACAGGCAUCAGAGGAAGCCACGGUCUGA